GUUGUGUUUGAUUGGUCGCUUGUAGCAAAUCUAGCAGUCUUUCAAAAACGUUGUAGCUAUCUAUGCUUGAUUGAUUGCUAAAGUUAGCUCAAAACGCCAUUCAACUGACAACCUUUGUUGUGUUUGAUUGCUAGCUUGUAGCCAGCGGUGAACGAACUUCGGUACGUACUGUAGGGCCAUUUUUACUGUAUUAACAUUACAGAAGUCCCUCGUUAGCAUCUUGUGUGUUACUUGUCGCAAAAGUGACGCAUGCGCAACUCACCGCUUCACUCGUCUCGACUCAAAUUUGCAAUCGCCUCACAUUGGGCAGUGACACUUCGUGUUCAGGAAGAUAGCUAAUCAGGUCCGAGUUCACAUGCACAGUUUAAUGCUAACGGGGGAGACGUUUUAUCUAUUUCCUGUUGUUUCCCCCCCAUGGUGAGUUUUCAUUAAGCAAUAAUGUCAUCGAAGCAUACCAAGCCCAACUUCAGCCAUUCUCAGUUGGUUGAGAUAAUGAAGAGGGUCUUCAGGCUGACGCCUUCAGAAAUCCGCUCUCUGCCGAGCUAUGAUGACCAGAAUUUCUACGUGGCCGCCAUUGAGGGUGGCGAGUACGUCCUUAAGAUAAUGAACUCAGAAGACAGUAAGAACACUGCCCUGAUUGAGAUGCAGAACUAUGCAAUGACCGUCCUGCACCGGCAUGGACUCCCUGCCCAAACAGCCCUGCCCACUGCCUCCGGACAGCUCAUGAGCCUGGAAGAAGUAGAUUGUGGCUAUGGUUGUCAGAAGUACCUGGUGCGGCUGUUGACUUAUUUGCCUGGAACCACUAUUUCCAAGGUUCCUUUAACACCACAGUUACUCUAUGAAACCGGCAAGAUGGCAGCCAGAAUGGACCAAAUCCUGCAAGAGAUGGAGCACCCUCAUCUCGGCGUGCUGCAGAGAAAGAACUUCAUAUGGAGUCUGUCAAGCGUUCCCCUCCUAGAAGCAUACAUGAAUUUAUUAGAUGGAGAUCCUCUUGAGGAGGCUGUGAAGUCUGUCAUUCGUCAGUACAAGACCUCUGUGGUCCCUAAUCGCUCCAAUUUCCGCAAGUGCAUUAACCAUGGUGACUUCAAUGACCUCAAUGUGCUUGUACAACCUGACGAGAGUGACGGCCACAGGAUUUCUGGCAUCCUUGACUUUGGGGACAUGAACACUGGCUACUACAUCCAUGAGCUAGCUAUCACUAUCAUGUACAUGAUGACGGAGCACCCUAAACCCAUUGAGGUGGGAGGACCUGUCCUCGCAGGCUGGGAAAGUGUCCUUCCCCUCAACAAGGCAGAGAAAGAAUGUCUUUAUGUGCUGGUGCUGUCCCGCUUCUGCCAAUCGUUGAUUUUAGCUCGUCACGCUGUGAUCUUGCAUCCUGAAAAUGCAGAGUAUCUGAUGAUUACAUCUAGGACGGGCGUCCACAUUCUCCAUCAACUCUGGGAGCUUGGAAAGGAGCAGGUGGAGAAGGUCUGGUUUCAGAGUGCAGCUCGAUUCAGUGAAAGGAAAUGAGAAAUAUGUAAGGUAAGCCAUUCACAAAUUUUGACGCACAGGGAGAAUGAAACCGAUUUGAUUCCACAGCAAAAGAACAACACAUUUUACUCUUGAGAUUCAGACAUUUUGGUGUUUAAAUACAGCAGUGUGUCUGAAUAAGAGAUGGGUAAGCUAGCAAAAAACGUUGUGCAAGAGGACGUAUUGGUACUCUAUGGUUACUAUGAAUCAUGCACUGUGAAAG